AUUGGUGAGAUGACAGCAACACCAUACGUACAUAGUACCACGAUAAUUCCACGAUCCAUCUGAGCUGAGAUGAAUAUAUCAACGCUCAUCAUCCCGAGCGAAAUCUAAUACCCUUUCGUUCAAAAUAUAUCUUGUAGACCCAAGUAGAGUCAAACCUCCCUCAUCAAUAACCAUCCUCCAAAAUGACCUGGCCCUACCGCAUCUACUUCAACCACACCUCAUCCGAAAAAGACCAAAGACGUAUCCUCCUCGACCGCUAUGGACUCUACGCCCAACUUUCCAUCCUCAUCCCCAUCAUCCUGUAUAAUCUCUACCGUUUAGCAAUAUGGGUAUAUUCCGAGCGUCAACGAUCGAAAGUUGAUUAUUCGGCUGUUCCCAGUUCUCCUACUUUGAAGAAGAGGAGGAGUUCGAAGAGGGCGACGUGGGGAAGGACGUGUAGAAGCUUGGCUUGGUGGUUAGCAGGGGAUGUGAGGAGUGGGUGGGGGAGGGUCAUUGGAUUGUUGCGGGUUUGUGGGGGCUUGGUUGGCGUUUUUGUGUGUCCAUAGGACGGGUGAUGGUAUGUGGAUUUUAUGUUUGUGCUAUCAUGGGAUUUUGGUUAUGGAUAUUGAGUAGACUGGUCUGAGUAAAGUUACUGGGUCAUCUGUGUUCUAGUGAUGGUUCGAUUUUCUGGAGAACUUGCAAGGGAUGAACUUCAAUGCUACAAUCCGAGUGGAUUUGAUACUCAAGCGGGUCACGUUUUCGAAUGGGCUCAGCGUAUCAAACAAAAUGGAUGUAUUAAAGUCUUUCAGUGUACAAUUCUUCCAUUAGUUGACUGCUAUCUGAGCCAUUGAGGUUCCAUCCAGGAUGUUUUUGCAACUCAUCAUUAAACACAAUAGCUAAUGAUAUAUCCAGAUUAUUUUCACAUAACCAAACGAUUUGGUAUAGUUGCGGCAUCACAACUUCCUACUCAUUAUGCACUGUCCAUGAAGUCUUUAUAUUCACCACUUUCCGUAUUAUUUGGGUCAUCCCAUGAGCAGCUCAACACAUGGCAUCGGAUAUCCGGUCGAGUCAUUUGGACUCUUUUACUUUGCCACGCAAGCUGGUAUUUGAAUGCAUUUAUCCAAAUUGGAAAUUUAUCCGAGAAACUUACAACACCUAUAAUCAUCUUCGGGGUAGUUUCAUUUCAGCUUAUCAACCUCCUCAUUAUCACAAGUUCAAAGGCUGUUCGUCGCUGGUCUUAUCGGGUAUUUUUUAUCACUCACCUUUUUGUCGCUAUCGCCAUAAUUCCUCUUCUAUUCUUCCAUGCCGCUCCUAUUCGCAUCUAUAUAAUCGAAGCAAUCGCUCUUUUCCUAAUCGACAUUGGCAUUCGCAAAUACACCACUUUUACAGCUUUUGCUACCGUUCGAUCAGUGCCAAAAACUUCUCUUCUUGAAAUCACUAUUCCAGUUACUGUUUCCCAGAUCUCUCAAUUCCAAUAUGCGCCGGGUCAACAUGUCUAUCUAUCUAUCCCUCCAUCAUCCGUUCCCACAUCUGCCAAAUACAAUCGUCAUCUCCAUGAAUUUCUCUACAAUCCAUUUACUAUCGCUUCCGUUACAGAUACACCGACACCACAGAUCACCCUGACUCUGCGCACCCUCAACGGCCCCACAACAUCUGCACUCUCCUCCUUAUCCCACCUCAGCAAAGCCCGCCCACCACUCAACAUCGAAGGACCCUACGGAAGCACCCGUAAAUUCCCCAACCUAGCCGAGAAAUUCGACAGAAUAUUACUCGUAGCCGGCGGCGUCGGCGCCACCUUUAUCCUCCCCAUCUACCGCGCCGCAAAAGAAGCAAUGGAAAACGAAGGCCGACCAAAUUCCACCGUAAGAAUGAUCUGGGUCAUGCGAGACGCUGCAGAAUCCUCAUGGGCAUUAUCCCCCCCAACCAACCCAACCUCCCCCCAAGAUACUGACGAAGAACCUAAAUUCGAAUAUUCAAAUGAUGUGGAUAUAGAAUUAUAUAUUACCUCUCCGCAAACCUCACACUCAAUCACUACCUCCACAACUACAUCCACCCACGAACCUAAUACUAUAGAAAUGCACACCCUCUCCGACCCCCCAUCCUCAUCCUCACUCCCCACACCGAAAAAAUACUCACGCCCCGAUUUACGGGCAAUAGUCGACGAGACAUUCACACAGGGACUCGAAGAACGAGUCGCGGUCUUGGUUUGUGGACCACCGGGUAUGGCGGAGGAGUUGAGAUUGUAUGUGGGGGAUUGGGUAACGAGGGGGAGAUAUGUGUGGUGGCAUGAUGAGGGGUUUGGUUGGUAGGUUUUAGAUUUAGAUGGUAGGUGUAGAUGGUAGAUUUGGAUUUGGGUUGGGUUUUGGAUUUGAAUGGUGGAUGGGAGAUCGAAGAUAGAUAGUCGUUUAGAGGAUUGUAAUAUGUUUAAUGCAAUGCAAUACUAUACAAUGAUAUCAAAUUAGAUUCAGUUGAAUAAUUAAUCAAUCA